AUAUUAGGAAAAUGAGUUACCUCGAGAUAACACCAGGCGAGCGUCAGCACGUGGAUUACUUGGCUGAUCUCUUUGCGAUUGUCGUAGCAAUCGAACAUAUUGAAAAGGCAAAUCGUCGGGAUCUGAUCACACAGGAGCAGUAUAGCGCGACGGUGCGUCGGCUUUUGGAGAAGUACAAGCACACCGUGAACUACCUCGAGAAGGGCUGCAAUCCGUACUUCACGAAUAUCGAUGACUUCCUGAAUACGUAUUGCUCUCUUUACCCGGCGGCGCGCGCGACGAUUAAGGAGGGGCCCUUCAGUAACCCGUCCGAAAACUCAGCGCGCUUUCUCGCGCGGCAGGCGCUGGAGUGCGGGCAGUACUUUAUUACUUUAUUGGAUGCCAUUCGGCUACAACAAACCGCGGUCGACGCCCUAAACCCUUUGUUGACGGAGCUUUUGCAGGGACUCAAUAAGUUGGAGCUGAAAACGCACGACUUUUACGUGCGGCUAGUUAACUGGCAUACAACGUUGAACAGCAUGGGGGCGGCUGAUACCCUGGAUGAUGCCAAGGCUAGGGAGUUUGCUUACGAUCUAGAAAGAGGCUACAACUGUUUGCGCGCAUACUUGGAUGAUGACGGAAAGGUGAAGGUCUGACUGGGAUGGCUGUGAGGUCAGAAAUUUGAGUUUAGGCCUUUCUGGUACAUCGCACGACCAGGUUUCAUAUUGGCAGUCUAUUAUUGUUUUUUUACUUUUUAUUUUCGUGUAUUCAUGGGGGGAAGGAAAUGUGCUUCUUUGCUUUCUUUUUUACAAGUGCAAUAUCCCUUUUCCAGACCCUUAGUGGGUGGAUACGGUUCGAUUCUAUAAGCCUCUCUUCAUUGGUACUGGCGUUUCUUUUAACACCCUCCAAUGCCUUCGAAAUUUAUCUUUUCCCGCACAGAUAUACUUUUUACAUUACGCUUGAAAAAACAGUGAAUUCCAAAA